CCAGCCGCCGCACGCAUCACUCCAAGAACCCCCAAUUCCCUCCUCCUCCCUCCUACAACCCCAAUCCCCCUUCUUCUUCUUCUUCUUGUACUUGUUGUUCUUGCUCUUGUUCCAGUGUUGCAGCAGCAGCAGCAGCAGCGGAGGCGCAAGAAGACGAGCUAGAGAGAGAGAAUCAGAGGAGAGCUUGGGUGAGAUGGGUGAGUGCAGAGGAGGAGGAGGAGGAGGAGAUGGGCUGAUCAAGCUGUUCGGGAAGACGAUCCCGGUGCAGCCGGAUGCCAAGGAUGUUCAGCAGCAUAGUGGCAGUAGCAGCAGCUCAACCGAAUCCGACGUCCAAGAAACCGCCGCUGUCGCCGUCGCCGACCCCUCCCCGCGGUCGGAGGUCGUCGACGGCGAGAGCCCGCCGCAGCCGGGCGGCGAGGCGGCGAGCCAUCAGCAGCAGCAGAAGGAGAUGAAGCUGAAGAAGCCGGACAAGAUCCUGCCAUGCCCGCGGUGCAGCAGCAUGGACACCAAGUUCUGCUACUUCAACAACUACAACGUCAACCAGCCUCGCCACUUCUGCAAGCACUGCCAGCGCUACUGGACCGCCGGCGGCGCCAUGCGCAACGUCCCCGUCGGCGCCGGCCGCCGCAAGAACAAGAACGCCACCGCCGCCGCCCACUUCCUCCACCGCGUCCGCGCCUGCGCCGCCGCCGCCGCCAUGCCCGCGGCGCCCCACGACGCCACCAACGCCACCGUGCUCAGCUUCGGCGGCGGCGGAGGCGGACACGACGCGCCGCCGGUCACCCUGGACCUCGCCGACAAGAUGACGCGCCUCGGCAAGGAGGGGCUCGUCGCCCAUGCCCGGAACGCCGACGCCGCCGCCGCGUGCAGCGAGGUGUCGAGCAACAGGGACGACGAGCAGAUCGGCAACACUGUAGCAAAACCUGCAAACGGGUUGCAGCAGCAUCCUCCUCCUCCUCAUCAUCAUCAUCAUUCAGCCAUGAACGGUGGCGGCAUCUGGCCCUACUACACCUCGGGGAUCGCGAUCCCGAUAUACCCGGCGGCGCCGGCGUACUGGGGCUGCAUGAUUCCACCUCCUGGAGCUUGGAGCCUCCCAUGGCCGGCCACAGUCCAGUCUCAGGCCAUCUCAUCAUCAUCACCACCUACAAGUGCUACACCUUCAGUCUCCUCCUUCACACUAGGCAAGCAUCCCAGAGAGGGUGGUGAUCAUGAGGCAAGAGAUCACCAUGGCAAUGGUAAAGUGUGGGUGCCGAAGACGAUCCGGAUCGACAACGCCGACGAGGUUGCCCGGAGCUCAAUCCGGUCACUCUUCGCCUUCAGAGGCGGCGACAAGGCGGAUGAUAACAACGACGACGAUGGCACCGGCGUGCACAAGCUCGCCACCACGGUGUUCGAGCCAAAGAGGGACAGCAAGACGGCGAAACAUCCGGCGAUCACGAGCUUGCCGCUCUUGCACACCAACCCCGUCGCGCUUACCCGAUCCGCGACCUUCCAGGAGGGAUCUUGAAGGCCAUCUUGCAAGAUUUUUUUUUUUUUGCCUUCAUCCUCUCUGCUGCUUCUGAACUGAACACGAAGUUAGUAGCCUGACAGUGCUGAUUUUUUUGUGAAUCAGACAGAGUAUUUGUAUACUAGGGGUAUUUGGGGGAAGUGUAUGACAUAGCUACUUGUGGAGAUAUAGUUGUAACCAUAGGUAGCAUGUAAAUACUAUUUAGAAAAUAGCUGUUUAAAUGGAUAUAGCUAGUAUUUGGGUUUGGAGCCAGGAGAUAAGUAAGGCCCCUGGUUUUGUAGAUAAAUAAGAAUCAAUUAGAUGGAAUAUAUGGCUUGAGGUAUUUCAUUUCUUCAGCAAUCUGUUGUAAUAUUGUUGCAAGCUUCAGUCUGAAGAAUAGUUUCAGUGUGCAACUAAUUGCACCAUAAA